AUGUCUGGAGUUGUUGUGCCUAGUAACCCCGAGGCCAAAUUGAAGGAUCUCGAGCAGUACUGCUUGCGUUCCUUUUCAAAGACAUCAGUAUGGCGAAGCUCCGGCAUUGUCGAUGGGAACGUAGGAUUCAGCAUCGAAACGCUCCUGGACAUACUUCUCGUUUUGUACGAAGAAUGUUGCAACUCGUCUUUACGCCGGGAGAAGUCGGUUUCGGACUUCAUCGAGCAUGUUCGACCCGUUGCCGCUAGAAUCCAAGAACUUCGGCUUGGCAAGGAUGACUUCGAACCGUUGAAAGUGAUAGGGCGAGGCGCGUUUGGAGAAGUUGCUGUUGUUCGAAUGCGAGGCGUAACUCCCGAGCGCGUCUUCGCCAUGAAAACUCUGAACAAAUGGGAAAUGCUGAAGCGAGCAGAAACUGCUUGCUUUCAGGAGGAACGCGAUGUUCUUGCCUUUGGUGAUCGGAAUUGGAUCACAUGUUUGCAUUACGCGUUCCAAGAUGAUACAAACUUGUACCUUGUGAUGGAUUACUAUUGUGGCGGUGACCUUCUGACGUUGCUUAGCAAAUUCGAAGAUCGACUGCCAGAAGACAUGGCUCGGUUCUACAUAACCGAGAUGGUCCUUGCCAUUUCCUCAAUCCACAAAUUGCGAUACGUUCACAGGGACAUUAAACCGGAUAACGUUCUGCUCGAUGCGAGUGGUCACAUACGCCUUGCGGAUUUUGGCUCAUGUCUGCGGAUGGGAGAGGACGGCACGGUGCAAUCCAAUGUGGCUGUGGGAACGCCUGACUACAUCUCACCUGAAAUUCUUCGGGCGAUGGAGGACGGGAAGGGUCGGUAUGGUGCAGAAUGCGAUUGGUGGUCUCUCGGUGUUUGCAUGUACGAAAUGUUAUACGGUGAAACACCUUUCUACGCCGAAUCCCUCGUGGAAACGUAUGGCAAAAUCAUGAACCAUAAAAACAGCUUUUUGGUGCCCAAUGAAGGCGAGGAUACCGUUUCGUCGGACGCCAAAGACCUCAUGCGUCGACUAAUAUGCGCUCCGGAGGUCCGUCUUGGACAAAAUGGAAUUGAAGACUUCAAGGGCCAUCCGUGGUUUCAAGGAGUUGAUUGGGAUCGGAUUCGAGAUGCCCGAGCUCCUUAUGUACCAGAGGUAUCUAGUCCGACUGACACUUCAAACUUCGAUGUCGAGGAUUCCGAAUCCGGUCGGGGAACGACGGAAAUUAUCCCUCCGCCACCUUCAAAUCCUGCAUUUUCGGGACUCCACCUACCAUUUGUCGGAUUUACCUUCACGCACAAUAGCCGGAUGUCGGGCUCUGUCACUUCCUUAUUGAGUCCGUCGGACGUUGUUCUCGAGGAUACGUCAGAAAAGCUAGAUGACUUGUCUCGACGCGCUUUUGAACGGCGAUUGCAGCGCCUGGAACAGGAAAAUAAGGAACUUUCCCGAAAAUUAAUUGGUAAGUUUGUCUUGUUCCUGUCCAUGGAAUCUGUAGAAACUAGUCGCACUCUUCAAACGCAUGCUCAUGGUCCCAUGAAUGACAAAGGGCCCGUGCCUGUACCUGAGUCAUCGGUUAUGCAAGUAACGUCGUCGAGUGUGGAUGUUAAAAAAUAUCAAGAUGAAAUCAACUCUCUGUUGAAACGUAAUGCCGAAUUGGAAUCCGAUAUGGCUCAGCUCAAGAGAGAAUCUAAAGAUUCGGAAGAAGUCUUCAGGAAAGAACUUGAAACCACUGGCGUAGAGCUUAGUCAACAAGUGAGAGAAAUGGAGAAGACGUUGAAAUCCCUGAAAAUUGAACGUGAUGAGGUUCAUCGCGAGCUUUCUGAAACUCAAGAAAGACUUAAAUUGCAAGGAAAGGAAUUGAAGGAAGCACUGGGACAAAGAAAAGCAGCAAUGGCGGAGUAUACUGAAGUUAGCGAUAAGCUUUCAGAGUUGCGAUUGCAAAAGCAGAAGCUUUCCCGCCAAGUGCGGGACAAAGAAGAAGAGGUUGAAAAAUCGUUGGCUAAAAUGGAUGCACUGCGGGCCGAUCUUCGUAAAGCGGAACGCUUGAGACGGGAGUUGGAAGCUCGCGUUGAGGAAGCGGGUCACGAAGCUAUGCAGGAAAAGCGCUUGCGCCAACGCUCGGAAGAAGUGUGCAAUCAUCUGCAAGGUGAGCUAGAGAUGUUGAAAAAGCAGGCGUAUCAGCGUAGCUUGAACUCCGGUGAGGAUGUCGGGGAUGGCGCUGCAGAAACUGAUGUUUCCCAGCUGAAAUGCUGGCUAUCAGAAGCAGAACGGCAACGCGACCAUUGGAAGAAGGAAGCGGAAUCAUUGAAGGAUAAGGUUGAUCUCAUGGCCUCUGAAGCUGAGUGGGAUCGGAACGAACGCAUCAGCGAUUUGAAACGGCUUCACGAGCGAGAAAAAUUGAACCUAGAGCAAGAAAACGAACGUCUGACUCAUGAACUUGAUACUGUUAAAGAAAAUUAUAACGCCUUGCAACAUGAGCGUCGAAAGCUUGAAGAUGAACUCAGCGAUACCAAAGAAAACCGUGAUGUCGUUCCACAUUGGGAAGCUCAGAUUUCAGAAAUCAUGCAGUGGGUCAGUGAGGAGAAGGAUGCUCGUGGAUAUCUUCAAACCCUGGCCACCAAAAUGACUGAAGAACUCGAUGGCCUUAAAGUAAAUAAUUCCAACUCGGGUAGUAUUCUUGGGAGCAGUCCUGCUCCAGGAACACCAGGCAUGACGAAUACUGCAGUGAGUUUUCUGGAGUUGCGAGAAUGCAAGCGUCGUCUGGAUGAUAUGUCGCGAGAUCUUUUGCGGAAAGAUGCCUGCAUUCGGGAAAUGCAACAGCGGAUCGAACCUGGAGACGGAUUUUUGGAGCGUCCUGCAUCGGAAAUAUCGUUCUUCGCGGAAUUCUUGAAGGAAUCCAACGCAAGUGCUGACGCCAGGCGUUCAGCGGAUCGACGCAUGGAGAACGAUAACGAUGAUGAAAACAGUAACGACAACCUGGACGAUGAUGAUGAAGAUGAAGAAGGUCUAGUGGAUGACGACUGCGAUGUUCCUUCUCCGUCUUUGCCUUCGUCCUCUCCUCGAUCGAAUUUGUCUCCCGCGGACGCCCCGUCAAGUGUGCCGCAUCACCCACUUGCUGCUGCUACUUUUGGUGCAGGAGUUCAACCCGGUCAUGGGCAUCAGUUCCUCGUCAAAAGUUUUUCAAUGCCCCUGAAAUGCUCGCAUUGUACGUCACUUCUUCUCGGGCUCGCACGGCAAGGAGUGGUCUGCGAUAACUGCGGGUUUGCAUGUCACAUGCAUUGCAAGCCGCGGGUUCCACCCAUAUGUCCUGUGCCUUCUGAUCAGACGAAGCGUCCUUUGGGCAUCGAUCCAACAAGAGGCAUCGGCACGGCGUAUGAAGGGUAUGUCCGUGUGCCUAAAUUGGGUGGCGUGAAGAAAGGCUGGGUGCGCCAGUUCGUUGUCGUGUGCGACUUUAAGUUGUUUCUCUACGACCUUCCGGUGGAGCGAAGCGCUCCACCGAUGCCAUCUGCGCAUUCGUCACAAAUUAUUGACAUGCGCGACCCGGAGUUCGAAGUCAGCGGAGUCCGAGAUUCGGACGUAAUCCACGCGAACCGCAAGGAUAUCCCUUGUAUUUUUCGUGUGAUGACCUCUAUGACCGAUCUCCCCGGCGGUCAAGCACAUACCCUUAUGCUGGCCGAGACUGAAAGCGAGAAAACCAAAUGGGUAAUGGCUUUAACCGAACUGCAUCGAAUUUUCAAGCGGAACAAGCUACCUGUUAGAACGGUAUUCCGAGCCAAAGAGGUACUGGACAAUGGUACCGUAUCGGUGAUGAAAAGCGGUAUUUUAUCCGGGGCUGUGAUAGACCCUGAUCGAAUCGUGAUCGGAACGGAGGAAGGCCUUUUUUGCGUGGAUUUGGACCGUGGAGAAAUCGGAAAAGUUGGUGACGUGAAACGCGUAUGGCAGUUGGAGUACAUUGGGGAGGAACAAGUAUUGGUAGCAAUUGCGGGUCGACAGCAUCAAGUCAGACUGAUUCCAACUAGAGCUUUGGAUGCCGGUCCAUCAGAUGUUGAGUGGCUGAAGGUGGCUGACACCAAAGGCUGCAAUCUACUAGUGACGGGUGUCAUGCGCACUGGACCGCCAAAUCCAACGUAUUGUUUUUGUGUGGCGAUCAAACGGCAGGUUAUUAUUUACGAGAUCAAUCGAACGAAGCAGCGUCAUAAGAAGGUCCGGGAAUUCACUCUACCAGCGGUAGCUCAGUGCUUGAUCGUGAUGAGUCAAGGAAGAUUGUGUGUUGGGUACCAAAGCGGCUUUUCUGUUUACUCUCUCUUCGGUGAUCAACACCCGGUUGCACUAGUGCAUCCUGAAAAUCAAAGUUUGUCGUUCUUAUCUUUCAACCCCAUUGACGCCGUUUGGGCGGUGGAACUUCCAAACCAGGAGUUCUUGCUUAUUUUCGCUUCUCUCGGCGUUUAUGUGGAUAUCCAUGGAAGAAAGACGCGUGAGAGGGAAGUCAUGUUUCCGUCGGUUCCUCUUAGCGUUGGCUAUCAUUCUGGAUAUGUUGUUCUGUACGCCGAAAAUCACGUGAAUAUCAUCGAGGCUUCGACAGGAGAAUGGAUCCAGACUCUGAACUUAAAACGGACAAAGCCCCUGGACUCAUCUGCCGUUCUAAAUCUCACCCACGUUCGCGAUGAGCCACACGUGGUGUAUCUGCAGAAUCUUCUUCUGCCUGGAGAAAUGGUCAACGUUCCCCCGUGGGAAGCUGGAACCGAGACUUCGGGAGUGAUAGGUGGGAACCGGACAGGUGCGAAACGACGAUUUUCGUUACGGGAAAUGAACCAGCGUCCCGCGAAGCCAAGCGUGGACAGGCGAAGCAAGCUUAUCUCUGCUCCGACGAAUUUCAACCACAUUACCCACAUGGGACCCGGGGAUGGGAUUCAGCUGCAGAGAUUGAUAGAGCUGCCAGCUUUGAUGGAGUCAGAAUCGGGACAAGGAUCGCCGCCGAUUCAGCAGGGGUCCAUGCAGCGUGUGCGCAGUAUGUUCCAGACAUCGCCAUCGUCAACUUUGUCAGGGUCCAGUCGUAGUGGUAACGCUCCUGGAUCUGCGACGGGAACACGUAUGUCGGGAGGAAACGGAUCGAGCCCUGGUCGACCCGAACUCCCACAGAGGUCCAUCAGUCACCUGGGCGUACUACCGCCCACUCCACCGCCGCCAUACCACCAUAUGUCUCCGACUCCUCCUCCGCCGUAUCAGCACAACGGUAGCGGUAUCCCACAGCCACCGCGCAGACAGGCCCCGCCUUUGCCUCCGUCGAGAAGUAUUUGUCAGCAACACCAUGGGCUUCAGCCACCAUUCCGAUAUCACGGAGACGACUCCAAGUCCCUCGGCGAGGUCUGUGAUUCUGCCCAGUUUUCGCCUGCGUCGCCAACCCCGUCCCCACCCGGACAGUCGAAAUGA